AUGGAGAUGAUAGAACUCGUCCCGACUACGAAGCACAAAACCAAUAGCGCGAUUAGAAAGAUACUCGAGAAUAUCAAUAGCUCGACGUUGCGACAGAAGCUAUCGUGGCUCGCCGAAUGCGGUAUUAUGGCGCGAUAUAUGGACUAUCACUGGCAAUGCUGUCACGACUAUGCUACAGAUAGGCGCCGUCAGGGAUCUCUCCCGUUUAUACAUAGUAGCAUGUCGCGCAGGGGUGCAAGGGAAGUGGGAGGCGGCCGGGACGCUACCAGUGCGAGGGACGAGAAAAGGGGGGCGUGUGGACGUUCUGCAGCGCUGGGACGAGGGAGGCAGCAAGAGGUGUACAAGUAUGUAUGCUUGUAUGGAUGGCGUUUCGAAGCUCCCUUUGCCGAAGCCCACAAUUCUCUGUUCCCACACCCUGGCAGCCCCGGCAAUCCGGUAGCCCAAGCACUCGGUUCGCCGAGCGCUGACUAA